CUUCAGAGGUUGUACAAGCAACUAUUUAAAAAGCGUCCCACAACACAAUCCCAUCUGACAUUACAUUACCACACACGGAGGACUGCGUCUCUGCACGUGCCAGGAACGUGCAUUUUGCAGAUGUGAACUCUGCUGCCCGUCGACAUUGCGGGAGACUCAAUCAUCAUACAGACUCAUCAUACACCGCUUUUUGCUCUCGGAAGAAGAAGAAAAAAAAAAACCCCGAUAGAUAUCUACACAAUGGCAAUCCUGAAUAAAUUUACGACAGCAUGUUGGAGGAAUUUUCAAGGCGACCGGCCAAACAGGCAGCUGUUCUCCAUUUUACGCGCCUUACACAAGUCAGCAGCCAGCGAGGCUUUAGGGAUCUCCGCGGCUGGAGAGGAAUCCAUGGCUGAGAGACUGAUCGCGCCGGCGGAUGUCGGCGAGAAAGCAACAGUCAAGACCCUGAAGGAGAUGCCUGGUCCCAGCACCUUAUCCAACUUGAUCGAGUUCUUCUGGAGAGACGGGUUCAGCAGAAUUCACGAAAUUCAGAUGAAGCACAGGCAGAUGUAUGGCAAAAUUUUCAAAUCCCGUUUCGGGCCCCAGCUGGUGGUGUCGGUUGCUGACCGUGAUCUGGUGGCGGAAGUCCUCAGGGCCGAGGGUGUGGCCCCUCAGAGAGCCAACAUGGAGUCCUGGAAGGAGUACAGAGACAUGAGAGGCCGUUCCACCGGACUCAUCUCAGCAGAGGGAGAGGAUUGGUUGAAGAUGCGCAGCGUGCUCAGGCAGCUCAUCAUGCGCCCGCGUGACGUCGCCGUCUUCUCCGAUGACGUGAACGAGGUGGUAGAUGACCUGAUAAAGAAAAUUUGCAUCCUGCGCACCGAGCACUCUGACGGCGCGACUGUCUUCAAUGUGAAUGACCUCUUCUUCAAAUAUGCCAUGGAAGGUGUAGCGGCCAUUUUGUACGAGUGCCGACUAGGCUGUUUGGAAAACCACAUUCCCCAGGAAACCCAAGACUACAUCAGUGCGCUGCACCUCAUGUUCAGCUCCUUCAAGACGACCAUGUACGCCGGGGCGAUCCCCAAGUGGCUCCGACCUAUCAUCCCCAAACCGUGGGAGGAGUUCUGUCUCUCCUGGGACGGCCUCUUCAAAUUCAGCCGCAUUCACGUUGAUAAGAGGCUUGCGGAGAUCAAGUCCCAGCUGGAGCGGGGAGAGGAGGUGCAGGGAGGGCUGCUCACACACAUGCUCGUUACCAGGGAGAUGAGCGUAGAGGAGAUCUACGCCAACGUAACGGAGAUGCUACUGGCCGGGGUCGACACGACAUCCUUCACUCUUUCGUGGGCCUGCUAUCUGUUAGCGCAGCACCCUCAUAUACAGCAGCAAAUCUUUGCAGAGGUGACGAGGACUCUGGGACCUGGAGCAGUGGCGACAGCCGAUGAUGUACCUCAUCUGCCUCUCAUCAGAGGGUUGGUCAAAGAGACUCUGAGGCUUUUUCCAGUUCUCCCAGGCAACGGACGGAUUACCCAGGAUGACUUGGUGGUGGGCGGAUACUUCAUCCCCAAAGGGACUCAGUUGGCCCUGUGUCACUACUCCACAUCUUUGGAGGAAGAGAACUUCCCUGAUGCUUUAGACUUCCGACCAGAGCGCUGGAUAAGGAAACAUACCGCAGAUCGUGUUGACAACUUUGGCUCAAUUCCCUUUGGCUACGGCAUCAGAAGCUGUAUUGGCCGGAGAAUAGCAGAGUUGGAAAUGCAUCUACUUCUCACAAGGCUCAUUCAAAAGUUCCACAUCAGCAUGUCUCCUCUCACUGAUGAUGUCAAGGCCAAAACCCACGGCCUGCUCUGCCCUGCUGCCCCCAUCCACCUGCAGUUCAUCGACAGGGAAACUUAGACACUGACUCUUCUCCACAAGGACUAAUGUACUGUAUGUGUCUAAAGCGCUGAUUUAUUAUCAUUUUUUAUUUUAUUUUUUUAGAAAUACACUGCUUUUAGUACACCUUUGAUUGUCGAUAGUGAGCUGAUGCUGAGGUUUUACUCAGGCAAGAAAUGUGUCUCAGCUUCUCCCGUCAGUGAGGAGGACACAGAAAUAGUACUGGAUUGAAAAUGUAAAGAUAAAGGCUGUUCUUGUAUGUCUUAACUGUUUGUACUUUGUGAAAACCACUGCAGUGUGGACUGGUACUCCUGCCAUCCAUUCUAUUCAAAAUAGUAAGUGGAAUGGAACUAUAAUCUUUGUACUCAAAAUGUAUUAUUUUCAUAUCAUGUGCAUGCAUGUAUAUAAUGAUGUGUGCACACACAUUAAUACAUAAUCAAACUGUUUUCAUCCCUAUGUUUGAGAGAGUUAUUCACUAAGAAUGUUGAGGGGCAACUAUGAAUGUACUGAAAAUGAGCUGUUUUAAGAGGUUGAGUAUGUAUAUAAUGAGCUUUAUUUUAAGACUGUAUUGCAAACCAAAAUUUUGUUGCAGGUCGCUCUUUUUUGUUUUUUCUUGGCAUCACCAUGUUUUUAAUCAGACCAGGACAGAACAUUUAAACAUUAUGUAACAGUUUUUUGGGGGGUUUUUGUUUUACCAUAAAUCACAGCCUCCAAAUCAUUUUGAUGGCACGGUGUCAUGUAACAGGGUGAAUAGUUUCUCUGUCUCAGCCACUCUGCCCCCCAUCACUUGUUUGUGCACUUCAGUGAGAGAGUAGGAUCACAGCAUUACAUGUUUACUUCAAGAUACAAUGUCUUAACACAUAACAUUGUGAACACGUAAUGGGUUUUGUUUGUGAUCAGCACCUACAUUACGUCCGUGUAAGUACAAUCCCAGGUCUGUGACAAUUUGUCAGACAUUGGCCCUGCACUCGGAAACUGGGGGCGAGAGGAUACAUGUUUUAAUUCAUGUACUAUAUACCCCUGGAACUGUUCAAUAGUAUUUUAAAAUGUAAACAUGUAAUUGUAAGAACAAAAGCUUUUUAAAAUAUAAAGCCGAUCACCCUUUGCAUUUUUAUUUUUUAUGCACGAUAUAUUUGGAUCCAAAAAAGUCUUGAGUUUUUGGAUUAUAUGCUGUUUGUGUGGAGUAUUGUCAGAUUAUGGGUGACAUUACGAUUUUAUUGAGAGAGCUAAUGUAUGUUACAGAACAGUUUGUGCAAGGGGGAAGAGACAAGUUGCUGGACUGUGUCAUAAUGAAGAAUCACACUGGUUUGCUUAUAGGAAAAUGGAAACAUUUUAUAUCUUUGUAUUUAUCUUGAUUUCUUUUGUCUUUCUGUACCUUUUUACUGUAGUUCCAGUGAAACUGGGAAACAAUAAAAAAAAAUCUAAUUAUUAUUUUAACAUUA